AUGUCCAGCCCGAGUUCCCAGUCCGAAAAUGCCGCACCCCCUGCACUGCUAAGUCGAGAGGCUCAAGCCGCCACCGUUGCUGUUCCAGAUCCAAGUCCAACUGUACCAGCUGUUGCUGUUGCGGCCAGUGCAGAGAAGGUGUCUGGCCAAAACUUGAACUUGGACCUUGACCUCAAUCCACCCCCCGUCAAUACUCAGCCUUCGUCUUCCUCGACGCUGCCCAUCCGCUCCAGGGAUGCAGACCAAGGCUUAGUCAGGGACGAUAUAAAGUCUCGCGGCCCCAACCAGCAUAUUCAAAGGCAACCUGGCCCUUCGCUUUUGACCAAAGCCUUGGCAUCUGCUCGUGGUAUCCCUCAAGGCCAGAACCAGAAGCCGAACAAUAGCAACAACACCACGCCAAACACGGCCCCGUCAUACCCUGAUACCAACGGCAGUAGCAGCUCGGGGAGCAGCAUCAGGUCGUCCAGGCCCGAACCAACUCUUCAUCCUCGGCUUUCAGACCAAGAACAUAAUCCCACGAAUUCAUCACCCUACACGGCAAGUCGGUCAACGCACAUGAAGCAUGGAGAGCAACAAACCUCCCUAGCUUUUGAUCCCUCUGCGUCCACUUCAGCCAUGGCGGCUCCAACCAUGAUUCCCAAACCCUCUGUCGCGAUACCAACCAGAGACCCCGCGGCCGUUCCUCGCCAUUUCAACCCCGCUAACCUUGUCCAAGCCAGAGAAGUCCUCAUGGAGCACCGAGAGUUUCUUGAUAGGGCCAGGGGUCGAGCAUCCACCUCCCUUGAGCUCGAUCGUUCCGGUAGCGAUGUGUUCAAGUCGAGAGCCUUUUCACUCUCUGCGAGCCCUGAGGAGUCUACGACGCCAACUCUGCCGUCAUACCUGUCCAACGAUCCACUACAAUCGUCCUCAACCAAGGUCACAAACGCCUCAACUCCGGGUGGUGCCUCUCAACUGCCCCAUACGACAAAACUGGAAAGAAACGUGACCCUGAGCCCGGAAAAGACGGAAAAGAUUUGGUCUAUUGGCUCAAGGGAUGGUGAUCAAGAGGACGGAUUGGUGGAGAAGUCGAUUGCCGAGGCUAUGGCUGGCGUUGAGCCCAACGCCAGAAGCCGCAAAGCGAGUUACAGCCUACGAUUUUUCAAGGAAGGUCUCCCACCCGAGGACAAACCAAGGAGAAAAGAUACCAAGACAACCCCUCGCGAUGCGUUGUCUCCGACCUGGGAGGAGAGAGCUGGCGAGGAAUGGGCUGUUGCCACCCCGCCCCUCCAUCGCCACGAAGAACGACAGCGCGCAACACAAAGUGCGCAUGGCGGCGACGCCAAUCGUGCUUCCAGUGACUACUUCAACCUUGAGCCUGCGAAUGCUGUUCCUGUUGGCAAACCUUCGAACGUCUUGCGAACCAAAUCGCAGCCAGAAAGUCAUGCGGCCACCGCCAAGCCGAUACCGCCACCUUCGGAAGUGGGGCCGACUCCGGCAGCACAAGCCGACAGUGUGGAGGGGCAACGGCGGCCAGGUGACGAUGACCGAUUCGGAGAAAUCACGACGCGCAGCAGUAGCAUUAGCCCUGGUGCCACAGCCCAAGCUGGUCGUGAUAGCGUUGAUGACGACCAUGACGACGCCGAUGCGGAGACCGAAGAUGCGGAUGAGUCUGGGGAGGAGAAGAUUUCAUCUGCCGUGUUUCUACCGCACCAAGAAAUGCCGGAUGCCCGAUCCACUGCACCCGAAGUGACCAGCUCAAUCCAGACCCAAAGGCCGAGAUCCAUUUCACAUAGUAGCUCCCAUCCUUGGCUUGUGAAGGCAGAUGAACCUGAACCCGAACCCGAACCUGAACUCGAACAGGAGCCGCAUGACGAGGAGGAGACAGCCCCCCCUGCUGUGGCCCACAGUGAAACCCAAGAGAAUGGUGCUUCUCCCGAUCUUGAACUUCAAGAGAAGCCCGAAGAAGUCGUUAUUGCCGUCGAACCCAUAUUGAAGAGCAGCCACACUGCUCCGAAAGCCCAACCAGCAGUAACACAAUAUGAAGACCAUGUCCACCAUCAUCAACAUCAUCCACGCCAACCCCUUGAGGCUAUCGAGCUGAUCCCCUACAAGCACCAAGUCGGUGGCCAUACCACUCUCUGGCGCUUUUCCCGCAGAGCGGUUUGUAAGCAGCUCAACAACAGGGAGAACGAAUUUUACGAAACGAUUGAGCGGUACCAUCGUGAUUUACUCCCUUUCCUUCCUCGUUAUAUCGGUGUUCUCAAUGUCACAUUCCAGAAGCAGCCACGUCGAAAGAGCACGGUCAGGAAGGACGAAUCUGCUGUCGCUGAGCGUAGGAAAGCAUUAGAUGACGGCAAGGACACGACCAAGAUGCCCAACGGGGUCGACACUGUAUCACAAGAUGCAUCGACCAACGAGCCGGCCGAGACGAUGCCCACGAGGAUUAUUAGUCAAUCGUUGGCAAACGCAGCUUUCCAGAUACCCACAGUCACAUUCAAUGACAACAAGCAUAUCUUGCCACGAAAUUUGCUACAACCGACCCCAUCGCCGGAUUUCUUCCGUCGACGCAGUACAUCAUCGACAAAACUGUAUCAGAGUGUAUCCAAGCCUCAGACUCCUCGGCCGCAUCUGGAGGAAAGACCCAACAGUUGGGGAGCAACGACCAUAAACAAGCGCCUUCGAAAUGAGGUCUUCAAUGAUGCUUUUUUGAAACAGCCGGUUGAAGUUCAAAAGCAUCGUCGCCCACACCAACGGUCGAUCCCUCGUCCUACCAUGCAACGACUGCUGAGACCCACGAGUUCUGACCCUAACCUCGCUGCGCAUGACAAGCAGGGUGAGAUUCAACAGAAACCUACCAUCAGUGUUGAACCUUCUCCGCCGCCGCAUAUCCAUCACCACGGUCACACCCAGAGCGAUGUGGGUAGUGAAGCUACGUCCCUUCGCGAGCCAUCCGACGACAAGGUCGCCUCGCCCAAAGAUCUCACCGGGACUAGUGCCCCAGAGCCCGAGAUUUUGAAGGCCAAUCUUGCCACUGGGAGACGGAGACGACGGUAUUCAGCAGGUGGGCUUAGACGACGACCUGAAGACGUACGAGAGUCCCGAGGCGACCUGAAAUACUUCGAAGAAGCCGACGACGCGGAAUACAAGACAGACAAUGAGCGGGCAGCUGCUGGCAAGUCUGCCAAAGCCGAUGAGACUGCCCCAACCGGGGACGACGCCGUCGCCGAUGAUGCAACGCCUCACGGCCCAGCUCGCAUUACGCCACUUGAUUUAACUCACUCCGCUACUGCAUCUGUCGUGCCAUCUGCUUUGCCAAGCCCCUCGUCGGAGUUCAAGAAAAUUCCACGUCCCAUCAACCCCAAAGAAGCCAAGACGCGAGGUGACCGUGUGGAGUACUUCCUCUUGAUGGAAGAUCUGACUGCUGGGAUGAAGCGGCCGUGUAUGAUGGAUCUAAAGAUGGGCACUCGGCAAUAUGGAGUAGAUGCAACUCCGAAGAAGCAAAAGUCGCAGCAAGAAAAGUGCCGGACUACCACUUCUGCCGAGCUAGGCGUGCGCAUCUGUGGGCUCCAAGUCUGGAAUGCCAAGACACGUUCGUAUGAGUUCCAGGACAAAUACUUUGGUAGACGGCUAAAGGCUGGGACGGAGUUCCAGAAUGCGCUGCAGAAAUUCUUGUACAAUGGCGUCGAUUUAGAGAGCGUUCUCCGUCACAUCCCGGUCAUUCUUAAGAAGCUUGCGCAACUCGAGCAAAUUAUCCAUGGGCUUAGAGGAUAUCGCUUUUACGCUGCCAGUCUGCUUAUGUUUUACGACGGGGACACAUCCGAAGAAGGGGGCUACGAAACAAUGUACGACUCGACAACUGAUGUCGCCACUGAUACCGAAGAGACGACUCGUCGCCGGCGAAAGAACCCUCGAGAAAUUGACUUCAAGAUGGCAGACUUUGCCAACAGCUUGACACCCCUAGACGACCUACAGGACAAGGCAUGUCCCCCGCAGCAUCCAAACGAGCCUGAUUCGGGGUUCCUCAAAGGUCUGAGAAGCCUGCGUCAGUACUUUUUGCAGAUUCAGGCCGAUGUUCGGGACGAGCUUGACCUUGGACCGCGCGGUAGGCGUGGUAAUGGCCACUGGUUGGCUGGUCAAAUGGACGAUUUGCAACUUGAAUUUGAAGACGACUGGGACCGAGGUUCUCUCAGUCUAUGA